AGAGAGCCGCCAGCCCAAUACACUAUUUAUUUAUCCUUUAAAUAUCUCAAAAAGAAAAACCUUCUUUGAAGCAAAACACACACAGAAUUGGGAAAUGAAAGUAUGGUGGUGGUGUUGAUGAUCUCCUAAAGCACCUUCUUUCUCACGUCAAUCCUUUAUAUUCUCUCUCUAUUUCUUUGUCUAUAAAUAUAAAGUCCAUAUCUUUUAUACCAGUACUUUGUCCUUCUUCUCUGCCAAUACAUAUAAUCUCCAGUACUCAAUUGUAUCAUCAGUUUUCACUUCCUUUCAUUCUCCUCCUUCUUUAGUUUUAUAUUGGUUAACAAACAUAUUGAUGGGGGAUAGUAAUGUGAACUUGCCACCUGGCUUUCGGUUCUACCCAACAGAUGAAGAGUUGGUUGUUCAUUUUCUCCACCGCAAGGCUGCUCUCUUACCUUGCCAUCCAGAUGUCAUUCCUGAUCUUGGUCUUUACCCUUAUGAUCCUUGGGACUUGGAUGGAAAAGCAAUGGCAGAAGGAAAUAAAUGGUAUUUCUAUAGCAGGAGAACACAGAGUAGAAUCACUGAAAAUGGAUACUGGAAAUCAUUGGGAGUUGAUGAACCAAUAUUCUCAAGUUCGAGUGAUGACAAUGUUGGCAUGAAGAAAUACUAUGCUUUUAACAUUGGGGAACCACCUGAAGGUGACAAAACCAAUUGGGUAAUGCAAGAAUUUAGUCUUUGUGACUCUUCUUCUGCUUCUGGAAGUAGUCGUUCAUCUUCUAGAAGAAGAAGCCAUUCCAAAAUUGACUAUAGUAAAUGGGUAAUUUGUCGUGUAUACGAGCGCAACUGUGAUGAUGAUGACGAUGGUGGCACGGAGCUUUCAUGCUUGGAUGAAGUUUUUCUAUCACUAGAUGAUCUUGAUGAGAUUAGUUUGCCGCACUAGCCACCUAGCUACUUCAUUAUUAUUGUAUAAUUAGAUCCAUUAAGCUAGGAUCUAAUUAAC